AUGAGUCAACAACCAAAGACAAAGGAAGCUCCAAAAAUCCAAGAAGCCAAAGGUACCGCUAAAAGAGAUUUCCUCCUUGAUAUUGAACAACAAAUCCAAAAAUUCUGGGAGGACAAUCAUGUUACCGAGGUCAACGCUCUUGAUUUGGAUAACAAGGAAAAGUUUUUCGUUACAUUCCCAUAUCCAUAUAUGAAUGGUAGACUUCACUUGGGACAUGCCUUCUCUUUGACCAAGGCUGAAUUCCAAGCUCGUUUUCAAAGAUUGUUGGGAAAGAAUGUCUUGUUCCCAUUCGGAUUCCACUGUACAGGAAUGCCAAUCGCAGCCUGUGCAAAUAAAUUGAAGAGAGAAAUCGAAGAUUUCGGAAAUCCACCACAAUUCCCAGAAAAACAAGUCACUAACACUGAUAAAGAAGAACAAGUUGAAGACGAAAAUGCUGAAGUAAAGACAGGAGAAUAUCAAUGGAAUAUUAUGAGAAAGAAUGGUUUGCCAGACGAAGAAAUUGCAAAAUUUUCUGAUGCUAAAUAUUGGUUGGAAUAUUUCCCACCACUUGCAAAGAAGGAUCUCCAAAAGUUUGGUGUUAUGUGUGACUUCCGUCGAAGUUUCAUUACGACUGACGUGAACCCAUAUUAUGACUCGUUCAUUCGUUGGCAAUUCAAUCGUUUGAAAGAACAAGGUAGAAUUAGCUUUGGUAAGCGAUAUAGCAUCUUCUCACCAAAAGAUAACCAACUCUGUGCCGAUCAUGACAGAGCUGUGGGUGAAGGAGCAAAACCACAAGAAUAUACUGUGGUCAAAUUGUUCUUGCAGAAGCCAUAUCCUGCAGUUUUGAAGCAUUUGGAAGACAGGAAAGUUUAUUUGGGAGCUGCCACUCUCCGUCCAGAAACCAUGUUUGGUCAAACAAACUGCUGGCUUUUGCCUGAUGGCGAAUACGGAGCUUUUGAAACAAAUAAUGGUGAAAUUAUUAUUUGUACUCCAAGAGCUGCCAGAAAUCUUGCUUGGCAAGAAUUGAGUCCUGAGCUCGGAAAAGUUGUUCAACAUGCCAAGUUUUUGGGUGCAGACUUGAUGGGAGCAGCUGUUGAAGUUCCUUUGUCACCACUCAAGACAAUUUAUGUUUUGCCAAUGAUGUCUAUUUCCACAAGAAAGACAACCGGUGUUGUCACCAGCGUUCCUUCUGACGCUCCAGCUGAUUAUGCUGCACUUCAAGAUUUGAAGAAUAAGCCUGAACUUAGAUCCAAGUAUGGUAUCAAGGACGAGUAUCUUUUUGAUCCAAUUCCAAUCAUUGAUGUGCCUGAAUAUGGAACUUUGUGUGCACAAGCUCUCUGUGAGAAAUACAAGAUUAAAUCUCAAAAUGAUAGAGACGCCUUGGAACUAGCUAAGAAUGAAGCUUAUGGUCAAGGAUUUAACAAGGGAGUUUUCAUCAUUGAAGGCGAAUUUAAGGGUAUGGCUGUGAGAGAGGUAAAGAAUAAGAUUCGACAAAUGUUGAUUGAUCAAGGAAUGGCAAUUCCAUAUGCAGAACCUGACAAGGAAGUCAUCAGUAGAUCUGGAGACAGAUGUGUUGUCAGCUUGACUGACCAAUGGUACUUGAAGUAUGGAGAAGAUGAUUGGAAGAAGAUUGUGACUGAUCAUCUCCACACAAAGUUCCACGUUUAUAAUCCAGCUACUCUUAAUGAGCUUGAAUCAACCGUUGAUUGGUUGAAGGAAUGGGGUUGCUCGCGAUCGUAUGGUUUGGGUACAAAACUUCCAUGGGAUGAACAAUUCUUGAUUGAAUCUUUGAGCGACUCUACAAUUUACAUGGCUUUCUAUACUGUUGCACAUCUCUUGCAAGGUGGCGUUUUGGAUGGUUCUGGUGAAAGUCCACUUGGAAUUACGCCUUCACAAAUGACCGAUGAAAUCUGGAGCUACAUUUUCCAUGGAAAGGAACCAUCUACAACCAAUGGUAUUAGCCGAGAGGCCUUGAAUGCUUUGAGAAAGGAUUCCAGUACUGGUAUCCAGUUGAUAUGCGUGUCAGUGGUAAAGAUUUGA